AUGGCUACGCCUUCAUCCUCAAGCCGCGCCGACGAAGUGCACAAUCUUCUCAACGCAGUCGAAGAUCUCCUGAUUCCGUUCAUCCGAUCCGCAGACGAAGACACCCUUGGCCCCAAGACGCGGGAGAAUGGAGUCAACAAGAGCAACCGAGCCAACGGAGACCACGCAAUAGUCGGCACGUCGCUGGUGGACUACAAGAAGCCAGAGGAACUGCAGGAAAUUCUACAAUUGAGUCUCCCUCAACAAGGCACCGGGCAAGACGGUCUGAUCGAUGUUCUCCGAAAUGUCCUGCGCUACUCGGUCAAUACCUGGCACCAAGGCUUCCUAGACAAGCUGUAUGCGUCCACCAAUGCGCCUGGAGUUGCGUCGGAACUCAUACUCGCGGCUCUGAACACGAACGUACAUGUCUACCAAGUCUCCCCUGCGCUAUCUAUCAUCGAGAAGCAUACUGGAAAGCAGUUGGCUGCGCUGUUUGGCCUUAACGGGCCGAGGGCCGGCGGGAUCUCGGUACAGGGCGGUUCUGCGUCGAAUACGACGUCCAUUGUCAUUGCGCGCAAUAAUCUAUACCCUAGUACGAAGACAGACGGCAAUGGCGACUACAGGUUUGUCCUAUUCACCAGUGCGCACGGGCACUACAGUAUUGAGAAGGCGGCUCAGAUGCUAGGACUGGGCAGCAGCGCGGUCUGGUCAGUUCCGAUCGACAAGGAGGGACGUAUGAUCCCUGCUGAGUUGGAGAAGCUGGUUGAGAAGGCAUUGAGCGAGAAGCGCACACCUUUCUACGUCAACGCGACAGCCGGAACAACGGUCAUGGGAUCAUUCGAUCCCUUCGAGGAUAUCGCAGCCAUUUGCAAAAAACACAACCUGUGGUUGCACAUUGACGGGUCCUGGGGCGGCUCGUUCGCUUUCUCUAAGCGCCAGCGACACAAGCUCGCCGGCGCAGAAAAGGCAAACAGUAUUGCCAUCAACCCGCACAAGAUGCUUGGUGUCCCCGUAACCUGCUCCUUCCUCCUAGCCUCCGACCUGCGCCAAUUCCACCGCGCCAAUACCCUUCCCGCCGGGUAUCUCUUCCACAACAGCGACGACGAAUGCGCAGCUCCGGCUCAGAACGGAAUCGAAGGAGCCCCCGAACUAGAGUCCGACUCCCCAGAGGUCUGGGACCUCGCAGACCUAACCCUCCAGUGCGGCCGGCGCGCCGACUCUCUAAAGCUCUUCCUCGGCUGGACGUACUACGGUACAGCCGGCUACGAGCGCCAAAUCGAUACAGCCUGCGACACGGCCGCAUACCUCGCAACCCUGGUCCAGGACCACCCGGACUUCAUCCUCGUCAGUCAGAACCCGCCGCCUUGCUUACAAGUCUGCUUCUACUACGCCCCAAGCAAGAACCUCCUUCAUCCCCGCGGUGUCGUCUCAAACGAGACUCAGCGCGCAAAAGCCAAUAGCAAGGUCACUGAGCAGAUUACGCAUGCGAUUGUAGCACGCGGGUUUAUGGUUGAUUAUGCGCCGCCUAGUGGUGAUGAAAAUUCUGUUGGUGAUGGCAAGUUCUUCCGGUGUGUUGUUAAUGUUCAGACGACGCGGGAGACGGUUGAGGGGCUUGUGAAGGCCAUUGAGGAGGUUGGACCGGGAGUUGUGGAGAGACUUAGGGCGGAGGAGGCGUCGACGGCUAAGAGGAUACCUGGGGAGAGGGGGCAUGGGCCUGUUGUUCAUCAUGUAUGA